ACGUCAGACGUCAGAUUGCACUUGCACUUUGCAGAACUCGAACGUAAUUUUUCUGCGAAUAUUGAAAAAAUCUUUUAAUUAUUUAUAAUUCCCGGGCAUUUUAAACCAUUGACGCGAUUAACAAAAUACAUGAUAAACUUAUUUAGUUGUUGCCUUCUUCAGUGAAUUACAAGUGCAGUGAGAAACGCAACAAUCAUGAAAUGGCCACAGUAUUAAUUUAUUGAAAGCUAGCUGGAAUUCAUAAUAUGAUCUUCCAAAUGCACUCAAGUAAUGUGGUAACAGAGUUAUUCACGUCAAACAUCUUUUCUUCUGAUUUUCAUCAUGAAGCAGCUGGCAGCAUGGUACCAGAAGAAGAUCAGCUCGUACGACAAGGAGGAGUGGGAGACGAUGGUGGAGCAGCUGCUCAUGCGAGGGACGUACCGGCGCCGCGUCGUCGACUUCAGCGAACACGCUCGACCGUACCUGAUCGACGUCGACCUCGUUAGAGGCUCAUCAUUCCCCAAAGCCAAGCCCACGCUCGGCACCCGGCGCGUGGUCUGGUACGCUCUAGUACGCCUGGUCUUCUUCCCGCUGCUGUUCCAGUGGUGGGCGCAGCAGACGUCGCCGGCGUGCGCGCGCGGGCUGCUCGCGCUGUGGGCGCUGCAGCUGAUCAAUGUGGGGCUUUACUACGCCGCCCCAGGGGAUCUGGACGCGCAGUGCUGGAUGGUGCCUCUCUUCCUGAUGCUGGUGCUGUCGGCGGUGCACGCGCAGAUCGUGUCCACCACCGAGAUGGAGCUGGCCCGGGUUCGACCCCGGACCGGGUAUAGGAGGAAACUGCCCAGGUACUUUAGACGCACCCGCUCGGAAUGCGAGGGCGGCAGCGGCGGCGCGUCCGGCGAGAGUGCGGCCGCCUCCAACCAGAGCAAGUCUCUGGGAAAGCAGACCAAGUUCCGCCGCCGCCAGUCCCGGCCAGAUGUUGUUGAUAAUGGACUUAGAAAACGCAAGAAGGAGUUAACAAAAGACAAUCUAGCUAAAAACUUAGAACCGCCUAUCAGUACUAAACCACUGACUAAAACUAAAGCCAAAGAUUCAGACGAUGAAGACUACAUGGUUUGGAAGAAGCCUGACUUGACAGCUCCUGUAGUCACGUUCACGCCACCUCCAGACGAUACUGCUAGAAACCCCUUCGAUUUUAAAACUAAUGCACUAACAAAGAAACGUUUAGAAAAGUUUAAUGUAAGACAGAACGAUAACCCUGAUGUACCUUUAGCUAGAGGUAUAUUCGCCGAUGGAGACGAUGGCUUUGAAAGUUUAAACGGCAACAAUUCCAACGGAAGCGACGGUGAUAAUCGAGCUAAAGUAUUAGCUGACAAAUUGGAGGACGAAAUGCCGUCCACAUCUAAAAAUAGUACAAAGAAGAGUGGAGCUAGUGUUGUUAUAGAUGAAAUACCUAAAAUAGUAGAUGAUGAAGUAAAUAAAUUGGUGAAGGAUGAUGAUGAUGGUGAAGCGGAGGAUUCUGAAGGUGCUGAGCCGAUGAGCAGUCCCGGAGAAGGGAAGAGGAUUGGAGUCAGGUUCAGAGGAUCGAGACUACAGGAGAAUAUAGCGAGAGAAUCUAGUGAUGAAUUUACAACGGCUGCCAAUAAGAAGAAACAAAAGAAACUAGACAAUUACCAGUCGUCAUCGUCGGACGGCGAGUGUUCGGCGUCGGCGCCGUCCAUUGCGCUGCCGGUGCACCACACCAUGUCCGACUGGGUCGGCCAGACCACUAACAGUGAGGAGAGCAGCUACGGUUCACAAUCGGACGCAGCGGCAUCUGAAGUCAGCUUUCAUUGCGCGGCCGACAGCUCGUGGGACCCCUUCGCCCUGUUGGACCCUAGCAGUGAUACUGUAAAAUGCACAAUGUGGGAGCGCGGCGAGAUGCUCCGCGCCGAGCUAUCCGCCGUGGACAUCAGCUGGUACGUGGUGGCGCGCGCCGAGCGGUCCAUGGCGCAGGACGCGGGCUCGCUGUGGUGCGCGCUGCUGAUGGCCGCCGCCGUCGCCGCGCUCACCCCCGCCGCUAACUUACUACAGGACGCGAUAGAGAAAGACCCCCGCACUGAAGAGGAGUUGCAAGCGAUGUCGCUGGUGGCGUACAUCCCGUCGCUGCUGCUCAACUACACCAAGGACUCGCCCUAUGCCCUCAUCUAUGGAGCCUUCGGGAAUAACUUCUGGCAGAUAUCAACGAACGUGCUAUCCUGCAUCCUGCGCUUCGGUCUCAGCGGCCUGGUCUUCUUCCUUCUAGCCGUGGCUGAAAGGGCCUUCAAACAGAGGUUCCUGUAUGCCAAGCUAUUCUCCCAUCUGACGUCGGCCCGGCGAGCGAGGAAGUCUGAACUGCCGCACUUUAGAUUGAAUACUGUGAGGAAUAUCAAGACGUGGCUCUCUACUAGGUCGUAUUUGAGGCGUCGCGGGCCGCAGCGCUCGGUGGACGUGAUCGUGUCGGCCGCCUUCAUGCUCACGCUCGUGCUGCUCGCUUGCGCCAGCGCACACCUACUCAGAGACUCAGUGACCCUCGACACGGGCUGGCUCCUCGAAGCGAUGGUCUGGUCCUGCUGCCUCGGCAUCUGCCUGCUCCGUCUCUUAACCCUGGGCAGCAACGUGAACCGCAAAUACCGGGGCUGUCUCUCCGCCAUCUUGACGGAGCAGAUCAACCUGCACCUCGCCAUGGAGCAGCGGCCGCAGAGCAAGGAGCAGCUCACUGUCGCCAACAACGUGCUCAAGCUGGCCGCCGACCUGCUCAAGGAGCUGGACUCACCAUUCAAGAUCUCAGGUUUAUGUGCCAACCACUAUCUGUACACAAUCACUAAAGUAGUCAUACUGUCUGCCCUGUCUGGGGUUCUCUCAGAGAUGCUAGGGUUCAAACUUAAACUUCACAAAAUUAAAAUUAAGUAGGUAGUUUUCAAAUUGUUCCAAUAGUAUGUUUAAUAGUUAAAUUUUAGUAGAAUUUUCUCAAUUUUAGAUAAGUAACUUUAAAUUUUAGA